AUGGCGGGGCGCCCUCCCUUCUUCGCCUCUCCAGCGUCGCUUCUGGUGCUGGCCACCUGCGUGAGCGCGUGCGCCCUGAACCUCCUCGGCAUGUUCGUCAUCAAGCAGAUCGGCGGGGCCUCCAUGCAGAUCCUCGGGAAGCUGAACACCAUCAUGGUCGUGGCCUUCUCGGUGGCGUUCCUGCAGGAGAGGCUGCAGCCGAAGGUGAUCAUCGGCACCUGCCUCAUAUGUGUGGGCGUGGGCGUGUUCGAGUUCGCGGAGCACCAGGAGCGCAUGCUCGAGAAAGCCAAGGCCCGGGGCCCGCUAUUGCCAGCUCACAAGGGCGUGAAGUGCUGA